AUGUUAUUCGAAUAUUCUGCUGUAUUAAUAUUUUUAAUUGUAGCAUUAGCAUUAUCAUGUGUAUUAUUAGGAGCUUCUUAUUUAUUAUCAAAUAAAAACCCUGAUUAUGAAAAAGUACAACAAUAUGAAUGUGGAUUUAAUCCUUUUUCUGAUAGUAGACAACCUUUUGAAGUAAGGUUCUUUUUAGUUGGAAUUUUAUUCAUUAUUUUUGAUUUAGAAAUUUCUUUUUUAUUCCCUUGAAGUUUAGUUUUAUCAGAUAUUCAUGUAUUUGGAUAUUGAACUAUGGUAACAUUUUUAGGAAUAUUAACAAUUGGUUUAGUUUAUGAAUGAUUAAAAGGAGGAUUAGAGUGAGAAUAA